CUGUGUUCCGAUAUUACUGCCAGUACUGAAAAUAGUUUCCGUUACGUACACUGUAGAUUUUCAGUACUGGCAGUAAUAUCGGAAUGCAACCGAAGUUGUGUUCAAAUCUCGAUUCCUAUGUUCUCUAAAAUGUCGAUCGUUCCCGGCAAUACGCGCGCGUCAAAUGCGACCGCUAAUUGUAUGUGUAUACAUACGCCGAUAUCACAAUUUUGCGUCGAUGAUUCGACUCUAUGCGCUCAAGAAGCUAAUCGAAGUUGUUUCCGCGAGUUUCAAAUUAUUCAUCGGAACGUAGCAGGAGCUUGACGUGCACGCGAUUCUUGUCAGAUUUCAAUGAGAGCUUGUACGCGCGUGCCAUAAGUCCUCCAUCCGAAACGUGAGUCUCAUCGUCGCACAAUCGAGAAUGGAGAAAGGAAGAUCCGCUGGACGGUCGACUUUUCGUCGCCCGGGGCGAAGCCGAAAGUGUUUUCGCUUCUCGAUCAGAAAGUACAUGGAUCAUGACGAAACGUUCGGCGUCGAUCGAACGAGGUAUCAUGUAAGGCGUGUGCGUGGACGCUGUCAGUAAUACGGUCUUUCACCCUAUCUCAAGAAACUACCGAGUGAAGAAAGAAGUGGGCUCCUUCUUUGUUGACGUUCACCGGCCUACCUGGUGGCUGUCUCCCACUUGGACGGACCGCGAGAACUCUUCCCGUAUCGCGCGGAGAGAAGUAAAACUCUCAGACGUUUUCCGAUCUCCAACAGUCCCGAACUCGUCCCCGUCGACGUGCGAACUCGUCGUUGCCCCGCAACUGGUUUAGCUGGCAGGCAUAGUGAUCGGCUCAGUCUCUUCCUGAUCUCGUCUCUUUCUCUCUCUUCCUGGACACGGGAAGGAAGAAAGGAAGAAAGGUGCCACGCUGAAUUCAAUGCCUGGGUAUCCCCUGGACGCGAGAGUCACUUCUCCCGCGUGAUUAAGCGAGAACACGACGACCGAUAAGAUCGAGGAGGCUAAGAAACAAACGUCAACACAAUACGGGAACUCCACGUCUGAUCUCACGAGUAAGAUUAUUUUAAGGGGAAGGUGAAUUCAUCUUUAUUUACAAGGAUCGUCGGCUGAGAUUAGACUGCUACCGAGAGAGCAAUUGCAAAUUGGCAAAUUGGAGAGAGGGCUCUCCGAUGUACCGGUGGUGAAAUUCGAAGAGGAGAUACACAACCUCGGGUGUCUCGCCGUCGUAGUGUAGACGUCGAUUUUUUUAGAGCCAGGAACAAAACCCCGUCCUUCCGUGAUGUGGCAGAGAUACUUCUUGUGCUUUCUGUGGACCGCGUUGAUACCGCGGGGGGACAUCCUCGUGGUAGCCGAGGCCGAUCCCGCGAUUUUGAGUGGCGCCGAGUUGCCUCAUCUUCAACAGGGUCACAUCGUGAACGAUCCGCGACCUCGCCUCUCGGUUUCCCAGCAAGCCCAGAUACUGAGCGAUGUUCAGCAACACCAGCAACGGUACCGGCAACGUCCCGGCACUCAGGACUUCAAGAACCCGCGGAACAUCUUCACCUCGUUCGAACAGGCACAGUCCAGCACGCCGUAUUCUUCUCUGGCCAAGUACAAGGUUGAUCGAGCGAAGCAGUUGCAAUUGCAACACUUGCAGCAGCAGCAGCAACAGGUGCAACAGCUUCUACAACAACAACAGCAAAAGAUCGCCCAGCAACUUGGUACUUCAAACUUUGUGAACGGCGGUGAUGGCACCGUUAGCGUACAAACGCCGCAAUUCCAGCGACAAUACCAGCAGCAACAGUACAAUCAGUACAACCAAAACAACUUCCAGAAUAUUCAUCAAGACCUUUCGCAGCCGCUAUUUAGCGAUCAGCAAACGUUGCAGUUACAGGAUUAUCUCGAGAAGCAACGUGAGCUGGAGGUGCUCCAGAAGCAACGGCAGCAGCUGCUGUACGAACAGCAAGAACUGCGUAGGCAACAGGAACUGUUGCGGCUUCAGCAACUCCAGAGACUCACUUCUACAACGCCACUACCGCCAACUGCGACAUCAACUCCGAUCGCCGUCAGCACUACUUCUAUACCAUUGUUGCUGUCCUCGCCAACGGCGCGACGUAUCACGCCAUCGGAAACUGAUUUCUUUCUCAAAGCAAUUGCUAAUCAUCAAAAGAAAUAUACAACGACAGCAGCGAGUACAACUACAACGACCACUACCACGACAACCACGCAGUCACCUCCGCCAGCCAGACGUGUGAUUACUUCUAAUACUCGUCAGGAGACGGAUAUACCAGAGAAUUUGCUUAGCCUGAUUCAAGAUCAAGAGGGCCAGUUGUUGCAGCAAGACAAAUCGAAGCCACAAAUUAAGGUGAUCUAUCAGACCGACAAAUCCAGCACGACGAGGCAGAAUUCCGGCGGCAGAAGCAGGAACUCUCAACAAUCCGAGCGAGACCUAUUGUUAAAACAACUCAAACUCGCCCUAGCCCAAUCCGGUGAUGACGAUGACGUUGCCAGGAAUGUCACCACCAGGGAUUUGAUACUGCCAAACGGCAAGAAGAUUCAGGUCAUCCACGCGCCGAACGGUUUGUCUUCUGUUGCGUCAAGCGGGAUCCCCAACGUUUUGACAUCGGCUGUGCCGUCCUCGACGACCACCAUCAAGCCGCCGAAAGCGCUUUUCGAGGAGUUAACGAAGGGCGGUGUGCUGCCACCGGGCGCCGAUUUCGAGGUCAUCCGGCAGAAGAGCGACGGCAGGCUCGAGGAGAUUGGCAAGACUCCGAUCAUCCAGAAUCUACCGGUGAAGAAGGUCACGUUUGUCUUGUUGGAGGAACAGCCGGACGGCAGUUACAAGGUGCAGGGUGUUAAGGGUAAUGCUAACGACAAGGAGAGCGGCAUUGAUGUCGAGUCCAUCGUCGAGAAGAUCAAGAAGGGCGAGCUGAAGCUACCGCCCAGCUCGCUCGGACCGAGCACGCCGUCUUCUACGCUAGAAAACCUUGAGUCCAGCCUCGAUCCGAAUCUGAUAGUAUCCACGGGUACGUCUAGGACGCCGGUGUCAUCUUAUCACUCCGUCAGUUCGACGGCGACCUUCAGGCCCACCACCGUCAGACCUACCUCGGCUAGAUACAGCGAAGGCAAGUCAGCAACGACGGAAUACAUCCCUUACGUCACAGUGUCACCGAACUCGGUGUCCACGACUGACAAGUACGUGACUUCUGCGUCCAGCGUCACGGGCCACGUGUAUAACGCCUUGAACACCAACCCGACGAAGACGACCCUGUCAGAUCACAUCCCGCGGGUAACCACUAAGUACUCGUCGUCCACCAGGAACCAGUUCAUCCCAACAAUGGCGCCGGUAAACGAGAUCGUAACGACGGCGACUCCGACGGCAACGUCCUACUCGCAUCAUACGCCGAACUCUUACGUCUACUUCACCAAGCAUUCGUCUGCGGAGACCUCGUCAGCGGAGGCCGUUCAGACUCCCCAGGAGAAUUUGGCCACGUUGUUAAGAAAGGAGGGUCUUUUCGCUAUGGCAAAAUACCUGAGACAAUCGGGAUUGGAUAAUGUGCUAAACGAAACCGGUCCGUACACCAUAUUCAUCCCUACGGACAAAGCCUUUAGAACAUUGCUGGUACAGCUGGGAGGACCGGAGAAAGCUGAGCAGAAGUUCCACGACAAUCCGAGACUUCUAAGUGGGCUUCUUCUUCAUCAUGUCAUACCGGGAGCCUUCAGGAUCGAAUCUCUGCAAGACGAGAUGACAGGCGUCAGCCUUGCAGGAACGCAAUUGCGGGUAAACGAGUACGCGAUGCAGGAUCACGAAUGGAACGAUGUAACGACGAUAAACGGGGCACGUGUCGCGCCUAACAAACGGGACAUCGAGAUCCCUCAAGGUAUCGCCCACGCUGUCGACAGGGUCAUGUUCCCGCUUCCAGUCGGCGAUUUGGUGCAAACCCUGCAGGCCGAUCGUGAGAGGAGGUUCACCACGUUCCUCAGAAUGCUACACGUGUCUGGCUUAGAGGACACGCUAGCAGGGCCGAAGACGUUCACAGUCUUCGCACCAACCGAUUCUGCUUUCACCGAUGCGUCUACAAAGAAUGGCGCUCCAAUUUGGACCGAUGAGGACGGGCCGGAAGCAGCGAAGGCAAUAAUCUCGCGGCAUGUGAUUCCCACGACUCUUUACACGGCCGGAAUGAGAUAUUACAUUCAAAAGGACACCCUUCGCCCACAGUCGCCGGUUCAUAUCCACAAAAACGGCGGACGAGUACGAGUGAACGAAGCACACGUUGUAACACAUAACGUGCCAGCGACGAAUGGUGUAUUACAUGCUAUCGACGGUGUUCUAUAAAACUACAGUUCAUAAUGAAUGAAAAAAUUGACGAUUCAGAUGAUGUACAAGUUGCAACCAUGCAGGUGAUAAUUGUACGAUAAUUUCGAAUAAUUCAUAACAUUGUAAACUUAUUUGUAUCUAUAGUUUCUCUGAAAAGUUGAAGACCUCGAUAAGCGAAUGUAAAUUGUUUGCGUAAGUGCGGUCGAAGACGUGGCAAUUAUUAUUGUAUCAAACCGAGUAGUAUAAAUAUCCGCCGUGUCGCGAUUUGAUUUGGUCACCAAAAAAAUUGAUGUGUUAUGCCAUAGGUGUCGCGAAAUCGGAGGAAAAAGUAACGAGACCAUUUUUAACGUACAUGUGUAAUAUUAAUUUAUAUAAGAUAAGCAGUAUCGGAGAUUCGUAUACUCGUGUCACGCGCACACAAGAGUACGGAAUAUUAAUCGCUAUUGUAUAGCAUGGUAAUGCAAUACCAUACUUUAGUUCAUAGCUCACAUCUUUUUAUAAAUAAAUGUACAGAAUGUA